GGGGCCGCGGCGGCGGCGGGAGAGGGGCGCCCCCUGGCGGAGAGCGCUGAGGGAAGGGCCCAGAGCUGCUCCUGCCGCCUCUCCCAGGCGACACAGCCGUCCCCAUCACCGCCACCAUGGGCUCUGUGCGUUCCCUGUCUGCCGCCAGUGCCGCCCCCAGCCACAGGAAGGCCGAGGAUGAGGAGGAUGAGGAGGUGUUGCUCAGCCAGGAGCCUGUGCAGGACGGCGCCAAGAUUCCCUACAUGGAGUUCACGGGCCAGGACAGCGUCACCUGCCCCACCUGCCAAGGCACCGGCCGCAUCCCCACAGAGCAGGUGAACGAGUUGGUGGCUCUGAUCCCUUACAGCGACCAACGGCUUCGUCCUCAGAGAACGAAACUCUAUGUGCUGCUCUCAGUGUUGCUCUGCCUGCUGCUGUCUGGCCUGGGGGUUUUCUUCCUGUUCCCCCAUUCGGUGCUGGUGGACGAUGAUGGCAUCAAAGUGGUCCAGGUGUGGUUUGACAGGAAAAACUCCGCUGUCCUCCUGGCCAUCACGGCCACCCUGAGGAUCAGGAAUUCCAACUUCUACUCGGUGGCAGUGAGCAGCCUGAGCAGCCAGGUGCAGUACAUGAACACCGUGGUGGGCAGGCAGCAGCUCACCAACGUCUCCAGCAUCCAGCCCCUGAGGGACAAACUGGUGAAUUUCACCGUGAAGGCAGAGCUGGGUGGAUCCCUGUCCUAUGUGUAUUUUUUCUGCACUUUGCCCAAGGUGAAGGUCCACAACAUCGUGAUCCUCAUGAGGACCUCGGUGAAGCUCUCCUACAUCGGCCACAGCGCGCAGAGCACCCUGGAGACCUUCCACUACCUGGACUGCAGCUCCAACUCCACGGCCCCGGCCCGGGGCGCGCCCUGAGGGCCCCGCAGGGACCGCGAGCGGCUCUGCGGGGACAAACCCGGCGCCUCCUCUGGCGCCCUGCCGGGGGUGCUCCUGCCCUUCCUUCCUGCCGCGGAAUCUGGAACUUUCCCUCUUGAACGGAGGGCUGAAAUCCCGGAGAUUUGCCGUGGUUUGCACCUGUUCUGGAAGCUUGGCGCCGUCAGGGUGUUUUGGGGUAAAUGGAUUUAAUUUUUGAGAGUAAAUGGGUUUAUUUUUUUUCAGGGGGAAAUGAGUUUGUUUUCCUGCUCAAUGGUGGCAGCACCUCAGGACCCCAAAAAAGGGAGAAUUCCCGCCUGGAAUGAGCCUCUGUUACACCCUAGAAGGAGGCAAAGGAACCCAAACCUUUGAAAUAAACUUCUCCCUCAUUUUCCCCCUGUGGCUCCGACCCCUUUGGCAUCCAGAGGCGCUUCCCUGGGGUUUGAAAUCUGGGAAUUUGCUGCUUUUUGUGCUCCACUUCCCAAAGCAGCGGGGAUUGGAGGGGGUUCUGUGGGAGGCUGGGAUUCCAAGGCCUCCCUGCCGGGAGCUGGACAUUCCUGCCAGCUGCUAUCCCGGCAAAGCCCAGCUGCCAGCCCAGCCCCCGCAGCCCUUUGGCAUUUUGCCCCUUUUUGGGAGGUUUUUUCUGGAAUUUCAGCCCUCCUUUCCCGUGGGAUUCGGGAGCCAGACACAGCUACACGGGAGGGGAUCCUUCCUCAGUGGAAAAAUUACCGGGUUUUUGGGUGACCGUGGCAAAAAAUCCACACUUUGCUCCCCUUUCCAUCAGGAGAUUCCUGC